AUGCCACCUGCUGGUGGAAAGCGAUACCUCACAUCCACCGCGGUUGUCUUAAACGAAGUGGUCAAGUUGGCUAUUUCCCUUACAAUGGCCCUCUAUGACGUCUCUAAGACUGCACCCCCUUCCAUGCCCGCUACGUCCCUCUUUUUCUCCCUCACAAGCGCUGUCUUUUCCGGCGACAGCUGGAAGCUGGCUAUCCCCGCCGGCCUCGGCGUCCUUUCCAACUCCCUCCAAUACGUUGCUCUAUCCAACAUGCGGGCAGCGACAUUCCAGGUCACACUUCAGUUGCAAUUUUUGAUGACAGCGAUCUUUGGUCCAGUGGUCCUCCAGCGAAGCAUUGCCCCACGUAAGUGGGGUUUGCUUCUGCUAUUGGUAAUUGGUGUGGCUUUGAUUCAAAUCCCCGAUGCCAAUACCGAGCAUUUGAAUUUGAACGACGAGACUACGUCGCUGCAUUUCCCUCGUUCUUUGGAAGAAUGGAAGGCUGCAAGGGGUCGUGCGAGUGGGUUGCACAAACGCUCUGCUACAUAUGAGGGAAUCGAAGAGGAUAUCUUGACUGCUGAUCCCCAUCUUGAUGCGACGGCUGGCCUGCUCGCAAUCAUCGGUGCUGCCCUUGCCUCGGGCUUUGGCGGUGUAUUUUUUGAGAGGGUUCUCCGCGACAGCUCGCAGCACACUUCUAUGUGGGUGCGAAACGUGCAGUUGGCAAUUUACUCCAUCUUCCCUGCUCUCUUUAUUGGAGUUGGCUUCCAGGAUGGUGAAAAAGUAUCGAAUGAUGGCUUCUUUCAGGGUUAUAACUGGAUAGUUUGGUCGACUAUUGCCAUGCAGGCUUUAGGUGGUAUCAUUUUUACCUUUUCGGCUCGUCAUACACAGAGAGACCCCAGUUGCAUCGCAACAACGGCUACUACUAUUCUGGGUAUCAUCGGGAGUGUCUGGUUCUUUGAAUUUGAACUCACUCCAACCUUCUUGCUCGGAUCUGCAAUUGUACUAGUAGCCACCCAUUACUACGGCAAUCCGAGGUUCAACUCCGUUAAGGCCAAGGGUGGUGUCCGUCCACCUCCUAUUCGAGUCGAUAACUACGAGAAGGAUAGAACCCCCGACGAUGUAUCCCCAGCUGAUGGUUCUCCUAAUGAGUUCUCUAUCAAGCUCCCCACUACCCCGUUCUUAUCAGAUGGCAUGUCUUCGUCACGGCCCACCUCUCCAAACCCAGGCCACACACGCGUUAGCUCCAAUCGCAACUCUAGUUCCUUCCAGCCUUCCCCGAAGCGCCGUCGAGUUGAAAGCAGAUUCUUUAGUUCAUCCCAAAGCAGUGCUCCGGGAACUAUUGAUCGGAAGUUUAUCGAUGGCUCCCAGCAAACAUACUUAUCUAAUUCAUUUUCUCGAUCAAAUCCACCUAAUGAUGAGCCUCAAGAUGAAAGUGCUCAAUUAGAUGACUUCGACCUCCAACUGCUGGCACAGAACAGCAGCACUCCCCCUCGUCGUCCUCCCCCACCACCUAUCCCGCUCUUUGAGAACAUUCCAAUAUCCAUCCGAGGGGUUGCUCUCGUAUCCGUGGAUGAGCUCCCAGAUCAAUAUCGACAAUUGUUCUCAUUUCCAUUGUUCAAUGCAGUCCAGUCCAAAUGCUUUCAUCCAGCAUAUAACACCAAUGACAAUCUUGUACUAUCUGCACCAACAGGCAGUGGCAAGACAGUGAUCAUGGAGUUGGCAAUCUGCAGACUCCUCAACGUACUGAAAGACGAAAGAUUCAAAGUCGUGUAUCAAGCUCCUACCAAGUCACUAUGCUCCGAAAGAUUCCGAGACUGGAACACCAAAUUCGCAGCCCUGAAGCUCAAAUGCGCAGAAUUGACAGGAGAUACAGAUAACACACAGUUGCGAAGCGUGCAAAGCAGUCAGAUCAUCAUAACAACUCCCGAGAAAUGGGAUAGCAUGACCCGCAAGUGGAAAGAUCAUAUGCGUUUGAUGCAACUGGUGAAGCUCUUCCUUAUUGACGAAGUGCAUAUACUCAAAGAGACUCGAGGUGCGACACUUGAAGCUGUGGUCUCUCGAAUGAAGAAUAUCGGCUCUAAUGUGCGUUUCAUUGCCUUGAGCGCAACUGUCCCCAACUCGGAGGAUAUUGCUACAUGGCUCGGCAAGGAUGCGACGAACCAGCAUGCCCCUGCACAUCGAGAACACUUCGGAGAAGAUUUCCGCCCGGUCAAGCUGCAGAAAUUUGUGUAUGGAUAUCAGUCAACUUUGAAUGAUUUCGCCUUUGAUAAGGUCUGCGGAUCCAAGCUGACCAAGGUCAUUGAAAAACAUUCAUGUCAAAAGCCCAUGAUGAUAUUCUGCUGCACUAGGAAUUCUUCUGCUUCCACAGCAAAAGAACUCGCUCGUCUGUGGAACAUGACAAAUCCGCCUGGCAGACUCUGGAAAGGGCCCAACAGACGGAUUGAGGUACAUAACGAGGAUUUGAGCACUACCAUCUCCGCUGGAGUUGCAUUCCACCAUGCAGGUCUUGGUCCCGGUGACCGACAUGCUGUUGAAAAAGGGUUCCUGGAGGGUCACAUCAACGUGAUAUGUUGCACUUCAACCCUAGCGGUCGGUGUGAACCUACCAUGCCACCUCGUCAUCAUCAAGAAUACUGUUGGUUGGCAGGAUGGUGGCUGCAAGGAGUACUCUGAUCUUGAGAUGAUGCAAAUGCUUGGACGUGCCGGGCGACCGCAAUUUGAUGACAGCGCUGUUGCAGUCAUUCUUACAAGAAAGGAUCGGGUAGGCCACUACGAAAGGCUGGUCUCGGGAACAGAGAGUCUCGAGAGCUGUCUCCAUCUAAAUCUCAUUGAUCAUCUCAAUGCAGAGAUUGGACUAGGCAAUGUUACCAAUCUUGAAACAGCUACCAAGUGGCUUGCGGGAACUUUCCUAUUUGUGAGGCUGCGCCGAAACCCAACUUACUACAAACUCAAGGAAGGUGCCAGCGAAGAGGAUGAAGACGAGCUACUCCGCCAGAUUUGUGAGAAGGAUAUCCAACUCCUGAGAUCGUGUGGACUGGUAGAAAAUGAACGGUUUCACUCAACAGAAUUUGGUGAUGCCAUGGCUCGAUAUUACAUUCGGUUUGACACGAUGAAGAUCUUGCUUGGUUUGAAGGACAACGCUACCAUCUCGCAAAUUCUCGAUGUGAUUGUCCAAGCGGAUGAAUUCCGAGAGAUUCGAUUCAAAGCAGGCGAGAAGUCACUCUACAAGGAGAUCAAUCGGGACCAGGGUAUUCGAUUUCCAAUCAAGGUCGAUAUCGCACUUCCAUGCCAUAAGAUCUCCUUGCUCCUUCAAUCCGAAUUGGGGGCAAUAGAAUUUCCAACUGGAGAUCAAUUCCAGAAACACAAGUUCUCCCUUCAGCAAGACAAGAGUAUGGUCUUUGCCCAUGUGAACAGAAUUAUCCGAUGUGUGAUUGAUUGCAUGAUUGCACGUGGUGAGUCUGUUUCCACGCUGAAUGCAUUGGAGCUAGCACGAAGCUUCGGCGCAAGAGUUUGGGAUGACUCCCCACUUCAAAUGAAGCAGCUUGAGCAAGUUGGGGUCGUAGCUGUUCGAAAACUGGUCGCGGCUGAAAUCACAGACAUUGAAUCUUUGGAAUCAGCAGAGCCCCAUGAGAUAGAGAUGAUUCUUAGUAAGAAUCCUCCAUUUGGAACGAAGUUGCUUUCUCGCUUGAAGGAGCUUCCCAAACUGCGCAUCGCGGUGAAGAUGACUGGAAAGGAAGCCAAGAAUGGCUCUGUCAAGAUCAAUUUCAGAGUUGAAGUGGCUUUCAUGAAUGAUAAAACUCCAACAUUUUUCCAGCGGCGCCCUGUCCAUAUUUGCUGCUUGACAGAGACAUCAGAUGGCCGAUUAGUUGACUUCCGGCGUAUCAGUGCAAGCAAGCUUCAGACCAGUUUGGAGAUAGCCCUCACUACCGACCUAAAGAGUGCUGAUCAGUACAUCGUGUGUCAUACUAUGUGCGAUGAUAUCGCUGGGACAGCGAGACAGGCUGAGAUAAGACCGAAAAUGGCUUCUAGCUUCCCAUUCAAGCCCAGUGGAAUUUCCAACCCGGGGAACUCCAACAAACCUCCUUUGGCUCCAUCUCAGUCCUCCAAACAAAUUACGAAAAGGAAGCGUCAGGAUGACUUUGAUGACUUCGAUGCGUUUGAUGGAGACGAUUUAGGACUCGAUGACUUUUUGAUAGCUGAUAAACGCCAGGAAAGCCCAAAACAGAAACCAAUGACUGCGGAUUCCCAGAUUGACGAGAUUGACUGGCUCUCGAUCGAUAGCACCCCGACUCCUCCGCCUCCAUCAAAAAUUCAGAAGACAUCAGCUGACACGUGGACGAUUGAUAUGGGAGAGCAAACUGAUGGGAAUGAACCCAUUCGACUUGCCAAUGGGAACUGGGCAUGCAACCACAGGUGCAAGGACAAAACAAGAACAGGCCUGGAGAAGCCACCAAAGGUUGGCAAAAAGCGAGCCCCGCCACCAUCCCAGAAACCUAGCGGGUUGAAUCAAUUGACCUUGUCCGCAACUAUCACCAAGAGGGAUAGCACGCUCAGUGAGAAACAGAAAGGAAAGCUUCCAGAUAGGCCAGAAUUCACCGAGAGAAAUUUUCCAACAACAUCCAUUAGAGGCAAGGACCUGAACAAGCCCGGUGCCGUCAAGAACAAAAGCGCAGGAAUGUCCUCCAGCAAGAACAAAGUCUCUCAGAGUAUCUCGAAAAUGCUUUCCAGUGACCACGAGUACGAUGAUUUUAGUGACUUCCCAUCCACGUCGGAUCUUUUCAACGUCGAGCCUGAUUUUCGACCGCCCCCUCAAUUUGACUUCUCCGGAAUUGAUCAUGACCCGAUGGACAUGGACAUUGUUGACCUUACAUCGGAAAAAUCUCCACUUAAGCCUAAGGCCUACAGAACUUCACUGGAGACAGCACAGAGUGUCGAAAACUCACCAAUGAAUUCUCAAUUCUCGCUGACGCCAAAUGAUACAGGCGCCACGGGUACCUGGAUUCCCGGAGAGGACAUCUUCACCAGUCCAGAGAAUACCAGCAGUACUGUACUCAGUAUGUCUCUGACCACACCAUAUGACAAUUCUCCAAAUUUGAAACGGAAGGCAGGACCCCCAGAUGAAUCACUUGUCCCGCCACAGAAGAAAGUUGACCGAUGCGCAACCCCGGAGAUUCUCUCUGCAUUCAAUGCAGAUGAUGAGAUGCAUGAAACGCAUGGUCUGAUUGAGUCAGAAGGAUCUCCUGAAUGGGAAGAUGUGGAUCGACUUUUACUCGAAGAAUUCAAGGACGUUAUCGACUUCUACUGA